AUGAACAGGGACCAGCAUCCAAACUCGUUCCACGUCCUUGGCUACGUGGUGGACCCCACCGACGUACUUCUGUAUUUCCUGGCUUUCAUCUUCCCGCCGGUUCCAGUUUUCCUCCGGAAAGGCUUUUUCAGCAGCGAGUUGCUUAUUGUCGUCCUGCUCACUAUCUUAGCACAUCUUCCGGGUCUCCUCUACGCAGUAUACAUCGUUUAUGACACCAGCUUGGUGACUGGCUCAGAUCAAGGGGUUGAGUCGAGAAUCAGAGCCCGUGCAAAUGGCAAUGGGGAGUACCAGGCCCUUGAUGAAGAUACGGAAGCUCAGCCUCAGCCUCAGAACGUUGUCUCUCCUACUCCACAACGUCCAGCCGCUCAAUUUUACUACGAGGAUUCCGGUCCGGAUACUCCUCAUGAAGAAGUUCCGCAAGAAUCUUCCUCGCAGCCUCCAAGCUACAGUGACGCCAUCAAAUAUUCUGUUUCGCCACCUCCUGUUGGAGACCACAAAGUCCAAAUGGAUUAG